ACACAAGGUCAAGGUAAUACAGGUAACUCCAAUGAUAACACUACUGCGGGAACAGGUGAAGGUAGACAAGAAAAAACAGACGAAACUGUAACUGGUGGUGAUGAAGAUACAUCAGGUACUGUCGUACAACAUCAACCAGCUGGACAAUUAAUUGCCGGACAAUUUGUACGAAUUCAAGAUGCAUUUCCGACUGAAGCUGUGAAAAGUAUACAUGAAAAACAUUUUGACAAUGUACCCAAACACCAACCUCAUACACAGACAAGUCAUCAUGAUGCUAAAUUUAUUAUUCAACCAAGAAAAAUGUGA